AUGGUAGCAGUAGACAACGUAGGGACUCAGUUCCCAAACGAUGCAUUCAAGGAUUUGGUAUCACAGUGCAUAUCAUUGCUUGAAGCAGCCGUGGCAAAGUCGGAAUCCAGAUUCGUAAUUAGAUUAAUGCGACAUUACAAAAGUUUAAGAAGUUUACUCAAAGCACAUCCAGCAACCUCAGUUCCCUUCCUUAGGUCACUACUCAAGGAAUAUGCUUUCGGUGCAAACCCAUGUCCAGUUGCAGAAAAGGCAUAUAAUUUUCUCCCAGCAGAUUUAUUGCCGCCGAUCUUUUCAGAACCCGAAUCUUCCACAAAAUCCGCAGAUGUGUCCGACACAACCAAGCCGCAGUUCGAUCUUCCAAAAUUCCACUACACAACAUCGACAUAUUUGGAGAUUCAGGAGUAUGUUUCACAAGAUUCCCAACUUACUGAGACCAAAGUCAUGCUUUCAACUCUUGCCUUGAUAUAUUUGAUUGAUACAAGGAACUAUGAAAAGGCGAUGGAUUUGGCAGAUUCGCUGGCCCAUUUGAUGUUAAGUUUGAACAAGAGAAUAAUGGACUACCUGGGAGCUAAGGUUUACUUCUAUUAUUCUAGAAGUUUUGAGUUGGGAGGAAGGUUUAAAGAUGCCAGGAAGUUAACUUUUGAUUGUUUCGCACAGAAAAGCAUGCCUGCAUCACGACCCAAUGACACAGGCAGUUACUUUCAACUGCAUACUGAGGAACCUGAUUCACCACAAGCUGUACUCCUCAGCAUUCAAAUUCGAAAAGUGCUCUCAGUUCAGCUGGAAUAUAGUGAAGCAUACACAAAGCUAAUUCAAUCCCUGAGAAAAGCACCUCAGAAUGACAAAACUGCAUACGGAUUCAAGCUACUAGCGACAAAAAUGUCAGUAAUAGUCGGUCUUUUGAUGUGUGAUAUUCCAAGCAAGAGUGUGUUCACAAACCCAUCCAUGAGGAAAGACUUGGCACCAUACGAGGCAGUUGUGGUUGCUGUUAGAAACGGAGAUUUAAACUCAUUCUUGCAGCUGUGCGAUAAAUAUGCACACUGCUUUGAGAAGGACGACACCAUGUUCCUUAUAUCAAGGCUAAGAGACAAUGUAAUAAAGGGAGGCCUGAGGAAAAUCAACUUGGCAUACUCUAAGAUCAAUUUGGCAAAUGUGGCUCAUAAACUAGGGCUGGAAUCAGUCGAACACACAGAAAACAUCAUUGCAAAGGCAAUACAUGAUGGAAUUAUAGAAGCAGUUAUAGACCAUGAAAAUCAAUGUGUUAACUCAAAGGUUAAUGUAGAUUUGUAUAAAAGUUAUGAACCAAUGAGAGCAUUUCAUAAAAGAAUACAAUUCUGUUUAAAGUUACAUUCAAAUGCAAUACAGGCAAUGAGAUACCCAGAAGAUCCAGAAUCCACAAAAGAAAAUAAAACCACAUCUAACCCAGAUAAGGACCAGCUGGAAUCCGUAAGAAAAUAA